UUGCUAUUUUUUAUAUUCCGAAGAAAGAUACGAUUCUUACUUAAUGGGUUGUAUAGUCAGCGUUAUCUCUCAUGUGCUGCAAGUAUCCGAGAAGAUAUCAAUUUGUUUCUCAUGCGCCGCAUUGGUAUCUUGCAUAAUUGUAACAAUAACAUUAACGUUAUGUAUGGGGAUUGGUAUCGGAUAUAAUUAUUGCUACGUAGAUUUUAAAACAAAACACAGAUACGUGCCAGCACGCUACAAAUGGUAUCGCUAUCAUCCAACUCCACAUUGGCGACGAUCAGAUCGUGAUGAUUCUUAUGAUUAUGUUUCGGAAGAUGCUGAGGAGCAAACAACAGAAAUAAAUUCUAAUUCCACAAUAACUACACAAAACUAUGAAAAGAACUAUACUACAUCAGUAACACUAAAUGAAAAAGCAAACUCUUCAAAGGUGUAUGACGUAAUUGUAAAUGAAAUAUUGAAAGAAAAUGCUAAAAAUAAUAAUCUAAGUAACACAAUUGAAUUAAAUGAAAAUGAUAACUCGAAACUACUUAUUCCUAUAAGUGGUUUGGAUUUAAUAUCUCUAUUGUCGAAGUGGAGAGCUGAAAAUAGAAAUUAUUCACUUCAAAUAGUUGUUUCAUAA